AAUCUGCCAUGCUCUGCUCAGUUCAACCAUCUGACAGUGUAGCAAGAGGAGACAUGUUAUACACAGACCUCAGACUGAAGAUGCUGAUGCUGAUGUGGAUUACAGUGAUGCUUUUUAAUAAAACGGAUUCUGCACAGACAAUUGAUGUCAAUCAGCCAGAUCGAGUGAUCACUACUGAUGUUGGUGAGAACGUGACUCUGCACUGCUUUCGACUGGGAGAGAAUAACAAUGAACCUAACAUUUGGUACAAGCAAAAAGUCGGACACGAGCCUUGUUUAAUGGUCACAGUUCUAACUAAACCUGAUUACGAAGAUGAGUUCAAGUCACCAAGAUUCAGCAUCGAGAAAGAAAAAGGGAGCGUCCAUUUAAAAAUCGCAAAUGUGGAACCGUCAGAUGAAGCCAUGUAUUACUGUGGCGUUGUAAAAUUUAUGAAAGUGUUUGGAAAAGGAACAUUUUUAUUUGUGAAAGGUAAACCAGAUUUAAGCGUCUCAGUAUUCCAGAGCGGCGUGUCGGACUCGGUUCCUGCAGGAGCGUCAGUGACUCUGCAGUGCUCGGUUCUCUCUGAGAACAGAUCAGCAGAACUCCAAGUGCUCUGGUUCAGAGCUGCUCCACCACAAUACCAUCCUCAAAUCAUUUACACUCAUCUUAACAGCAGCCAUCAGUGUGAGAGCGGCUCUUCUACACACACCUGUGUGUACAACUUCUCCAAGAACAUCCUCGGCCUCAAUGAUACUGGAACUUACUACUGCGCUGUGGCUAUGUGUGGGAAGAUCAUUUUCGGGAACGGGACACGAGUACAGUUGGAGAGAUCUGUGGAUCCUGUAGUGAUCUACCUCACUGUAGCUUUGGGAGUGUGUGUGGUCGUGAUCUUUGCUUUGAUCUUUGUCAUAACCUGUGGAAGGAGAAACUGUGAACAGCGCAGUGCGAGUCUAAAACAAGGUUCUGUGACCGACAAGACCCUCAAUCAGGACUGUGACAAUCAGCUGAAUUACGCUGCCUUACAUUUCAAUGAGAGGAGAGCCAAACGAGGAAGAGUGAAGAAACAACAACCUCAAGAUAUUAUAUAUUCUGAUGUGCGAGCAGCCAAUCAGAUGAAGUCUCUAUCACAAAAGACCCGGUGCUUUCAUCAUCUGACAACUUUUCAGCAGAUCGACCUGAAUGUUAUUUCCCCUCUGAAGAUGACACCAAUGUGGAUACUUGUCUUAUCGCUGAACAUAAUAACUCCGUCACAAUCUGUGGAUUUUUCCAGACCAUCAUUUCUCUCAGUGAAGUCUGGAGAACGUAUUACUCUUAAAUGCCACAUUGGAGAUAUUCGUUUCGCGGAAAGUGUCUUUUGGUACAAACAAACAUUUGGAGAAAUGCCUCAAAAAGUGGGAGACAGAUUAGCAUAUAAGGAUGCCAAAAUGUCCCCCAUGUUCAAGGCGUCAGGAUUUAUAAUGGAGGUGAAUGAUAAAAGCAUUUCUCUGACAAUUCCACAUAUAAAAAAAGAACAUGAAGGACUUUACUCCUGUGCAAAAUGUUACAUGGACGAUGUUACAUUAUCCAGUGGAACUUUCUUGGCUGUAACAGAUGAGAGAGAUAUAAACGUCUCAGUGUUCCAGAGCGGCGUGUCAGACUCGGUUCCUGCAGGAGCGUCAGUGACUCUGCAGUGCUCGGUUCUCUCUGAGAGCAGAUCAGCAGAACUCCAAGUGCUCUGGUUCAGAGCUGCUCCACCACAAUCCCAUCCUCAAAUCAUUUACACUCAUCACGACAGCAGCCAUCAGUGUGAGAGCGGCUCUUCUACACACACCUGUGUGUACAACUUCUCCAAGAACAUCCUCAGCCUCAGUGAUACUGGAACUUACUACUGCGCUGUGGCCGUGUGUGGGAAGAUCAUUUUUGGAAACGGGACACGAGUACAGUUGGAAGAAUCUGUGGAUCCUGUAGUGAUCUGCCUCGCCGUAUCUUUGGGAGUGUGUGUGGUUGUGAUCGUUGCUCAUAUCGUAACCUGUAAAUGGAGGAACUGUGAAUGUUGCACUGUGAGAUCUGAAGAUAUGGUAGUGAAGGAAACACAGAAUCAGAGCCGUGAUGCAGUGGAGCUGAAUUUUGCUGCCUUACACAUCAAUAAAAGAAGAGGAAAGAGAGAACGAGCUCGUGAUAAUGUGUAUACUGAAGUCAUUUACUCUUCUGUUUCUUAGAUAAUAUGUUCACCUCGUGUCCUUAUGGGUUUCCUCUAGGUUCUCUGGUUUCCUCCGCCCAGGUGAAGAUAAAUUGUCCCUAGGUGUGAAUGAGUCUGUGUGUUCAUGGUGCUUUGUGAAUAUAAUAUAAUAUAAUAAAAAUUCAAUGUUGCAUGAAGACAUUAAAGUUUGCAGUUGUCAGA